UACCAGGAGGUGGGGCCGCUUUGGCUGCUGUGGCCCGGAUGUCCGGGCGCCGCGAGCCGGGUGGCUGAUUUCGGAGCUUCUUCAAGGAAACCUGCAAGCGGCCAAUGGCUGUCGAUAUUCAACCAGCAUGCCUUGGACUUUACUGUGGGAAGACCCUAUUAUUUAAAAAUGGCUCAACUGAAAUAUAUGGAGAAUGUGGGGUGUGUCCAAGAGGACAGAGAACAAAUGCACAGAAAUAUUGUCAGCCUUGCACAGAGUCUCCAGAACUUUAUGAUUGGCUUUAUCUUGGAUUUAUGGCUAUGCUUCCUCUUGUUUUACAUUGGUUCUUCAUUGAAUGGUACUCGGGGAAAAAGAGUUCCAGUGCCCUUUUCCAGCACAUCACUGCAUUAUUUGAAUGCAGUAUGGCAGCUAUUAUCACCUUACUUGUGAGCGAUCCAGUUGGUGUUCUUUAUAUCCGUUCGUGUCGAGUACUGAUGCUUUCUGAUUGGUACACAAUGCUUUACAACCCAAGUCCUGAUUACGUUACCACAGUGCACUGUACUCAUGAAGCUGUCUACCCGCUAUACACCAUCGUAUUCAUCUAUUAUGCAUUCUGCUUGGUAUUGAUGAUGCUGCUCCGACCCCUUCUGGUAAAGAAGAUCGCCUGUGGCUUAGGAAAGUCUGAUCGAUUUAAAAGUAUUUAUGCUGCACUUUACUUCUUCCCGAUUUUAACUGUGCUUCAGGCAGUUGGUGGAGGCCUUUUAUAUUAUGCCUUUCCAUACAUUAUAUUAGUAUUAUCUUUGGUUACUCUGGCUGUGUACAUGUCGGCUUCUGAAAUAGAGAAUUGCUAUGAUCUUCUGGUGAGAAAGAAAAGACUUAUUGUUCUCUUCAGCCACUGGUUACUUCAUGCCUAUGGAAUAAUAUCCAUUUCCAGAGUGGAUAAACUCGAGCAAGAUUUACCCCUUUUGGCUUUGGUACCCACCCCAGCUCUUUUUUACUUGUUCACCGCAAAAUUUACCGAACCUUCACGGAUACUGUCCGAAGGAGCCAAUGGACACUGAAUGUAAGAGCCAAAAAACCUAAAAAGUGUUCCUUGUAAAAAAUAUAAAACGUAUUAAUGCUCUUCUGUUGUACAUGGAAAUAAGAUGGGGUUUGUUUGUUAACAGCCUUUAUGGUUAGACUUGGAAAAAUAUAGUAGAUAUGCUGUAGCACACUGGGACACUACAGGCUUGUUAGGAAGCGCUUGCCUCCUGUAACAAUAUUGUUAUUCUUUAGAGCAAAAUCAUGUUUCUGGAAUAAGCUGAAAUCUUUAGCAUUGACCUAAUUUUGCAUGUAUUUGUUUUUCAAGUGUAAUUAUAAGGACAAACAUACCUUGGUGGUCUGCUAGCAAUCAUAGAAAUGAAGUACGUUGUUUGUUGUUAUCUAUUUAUUUUUACCAAUACAGUAUUUUGAUUAUAAAACUAGACCAUAAUUUAUAUAACAGGUUUUUUUGUUUAUAGGUGGUUUGGUUGAAAACAUCUUCUGGUUGUUUCUGUUAAGAAAAACAAUAAAAUGUUUACAAAAAAAAAUCUCAGAUGUUCUGACAUUUAAUUGUAUUUUGCCACACGAAUUGUGGAAAUAAUUCGAACUAUUUAGUAAGAGGAGUAUUCCUUUCCCAAAUGAAUAAAUACAUGUAUUCACAUA